AUGUCUUUUUGGGAUAGACUCUAUAUUCCAGCCUUGAUUAGGGGGAUGUUUACUACGUUGAAGCAUAUCCCAAAAAAGAAAUUGACAUACCAGUACCCUGAAGAUCCGAGGAGCGUGGAUGAGCGGAACGAGCGGUAUCGCGGUAUUCAUAAACUGACGACGACAGAGAAAGAUGAAAUUAAGUGUGUAGCAUGUUUCUUAUGCGCGACUGCCUGUCCUGCUGAUUGUAUUACCAUUCAGGCGGCACCGGCACCCGAAGGGUGGCAAACCAAGGAAGGCUACCAGCGCGAAAAGUACCCCGAUGUCUUUGAAAUCAAUAUGCUGCGCUGCAUCUUUUGUGGGUACUGUGUUGAAGCUUGUCCCGAAGAUGCUAUCCGGAUGACCGGAUUAACGCUCCCUCAAUUCUUCCGUGAACGUCAGAAAGAAGGCGAAAGUUUGGGGAGUUCGCGUAGUGACUUCAUUUUUGACCGAGACAUGCUUGUCGCUAACAACGAUAUCCCUCAAGAGGGACUCAGUGUUGAAGCGAAGUAG